UGCGGCGCUGGCCGAGUUCGGCCUUUCGCUGCCAGCUCCCGAAAAGCAGAUCGCAGCAAGGAACCUGUCCGCGCCUUGGGAUUUGACUGUUCAGUGGGUUUUCCUGGCCUUUAAAAUGCUAAAGCUUGUCGCUGCGGGAGGGAGAGGUAAAUCACAUUGUCUCUUUCAGCUAACCAUGUCUUUAAAUUCAUCUACAAUUCUAAAUGAAGAAAACUCUCAAGGACCAAAAAGAAGUCUAGAACAGCAGACUCCAUCACCAUUUCAAGAUAACCCACUUCAAAAAUUACAGUUAGCGUCACAGGAAGUACUUGAAAAGGCAAAAAAAAGUGGGAGAUCAAAAUGCCCACGAUGCAGUAGCUCAAGGAUGUUUUAUUGUUACACAUGCUUUCUUCCUGUUGAAACUGUCCCUAUCACAGAAAUCCCAGUGGUGAAGUUACCUUUGAAGAUUGACAUUAUUAAGCACCCAAAUGAAACUGAUGGCAAGAGCACUGCUGUGCACGCUAAGCUCCUGGCACCUGAUGAUGUUACAAUUUACAAGUAUCCUUGCAUUCCUGAAUACAAAGAAAAAAGACACGAAGUGGCACUUAUCUUUCCCGGCCCCGAUUCAGUUUCAGUAAAAGACAUUGCUUUCCAUCUCCAAAAAUACUCCAGGAAAGGUGUUGGUGACACUGAUGAUGACUGUUCCAAAGAGCCGUUUCCUAAGAAAGCAAGAGUAGAAGCUACAGAAGAGAAAGAUACAAAUGAAUGCAUCUCAAACAACAUGAAUGAAAGCACUAAACUGAAGAAAAUAAUAUUUAUUGACAGUACCUGGAAUCAAACUAAUAAAAUAAUAACUGAUGAAAGACUUCAAGGAUUACUACAAAUCGAAUUGAAAACAAGGAAAACUUGCUUUUGGCGUCAUCAGAAAGGAAAGCCAGAUACGUACCUUUCCACAAUAGAAGCAAUUUAUUAUUUCUGUGUGGAUUAUCACCAGGAGAUUUUGAAAGAGAACUACAAAGGACAAUAUGAUAAUCUGCUUUUUUUCUUUUCAUUUAUGUACACAUUGAUUAAAAAUGCCAAGUGUGGCACAGGAAAAGAAUAAACUGUCUGUCCAUAAGUGACAACCUAUAGGAAUCCAUGCAGAAUCAAACAACUGAUUUGCUGUAUAUGUAUGUAGAUAUUUAACGCAUCAAGAUAUUCAUGAAAUCCAAGUAAAUAUUGCUUUAAACAAGCUACAGCUAUACUCCCUGCAGGUUGUACUUCAGAUUUGUAAUCUCAUCUGCAUAAGUGAAUGCAUACAAAACCCCAUCUCAAUUGACAACCAAAGCGAUCUCCGUUUGCAAGAAGAAAUGCCAGUUAAGUUAUAUGAGUGCACAUGAAGUGUGCGAAUUACAACAGCACUGCAAGAAGCAUAGGUUUGAAGUCAGAAUAAGAAAAAGCAUUUUUAAAUGUGUGUAUGUAUAUGCAUGAGUAUAUGUAUAUACACACAUACAUGGCAAAGCUGUAAAUGACGUGAGCUCACGUGUACCAAGCAGUCAGAAAAAUCAGUCAUGUCUCAGUGCUACUGAAGCAACGCAUUUCUUAUUCAUUUUACCGCUACUGCGAGGUUACUGGGGCUUUUUACAAUGAUUAAUGCUAUCUCUUUUGGUUUGAAUUCUGAUAGUUUAUUGACGCCUUCAUCUGUUCUUAUUUUAUGAAGAUUGCUGUAAUAUUUUUUAAAUCGUUGAAGUGAUUUUAAAUCACACAAAUUUGAGAUGGAAACUUUCAUUCACUUCAAGCAAACAGAAAUAAAAUGAACCCGCUGACCCAGUGUUUUACAAGAACCAGAGAGAAAAAACUUGGGGGGAGGGGAAGGUACUUGCAAGACACAUUUCCCCGAAAACAUGUUUUUUUAUUUAAGAAGUAGAGGUCAGAUAAAAGCUUAUAUAAGCUGCUCUGGUACUUUCAGAAAAUAGUUUCAUAAGGUUAAAAAUGGCUUCCAAAUUUAAGUUUUCUGUACCUCACUUUAUUUGAGCAAUGGGAAUUAAAAUUAAUUCACUUUUGAAAUAGAUUCUUAAUUCCCAAGUGAAAACAAUGUGCAGAAAAGAUUUUAAGUCUGGAAUCCGCAUCCAGGAAUUGGUUCAAGUUUUUUUUCAUCUACUGUGACUCUUGCAUUACACUGAGGUUCUUCUUACACCAAGUGAUACAAGCACAUCUAAUAUCCAUAAUUAAUAUAUUGAUAUUCCUGUGAAAACCUUCUAUAAGGACAGAGAAAGGAGGUUGUUAUCACUCCUGCUCCAAGUCUGUUCUGAGCACCAGAUGUACUUCCCCAUCUUCUGCUCUCCCCUCUACAAAAAGAUUUUAAUCCUCUAUUUAAUUUCAGAACUGGUAUAAGCCAAACCGUCUGGGUCAUCAACCUCACACUGAAAAUGUCUUGAUACCUCUGAUACAUUUUUUCAACUUUAAGAUUAAUGAAUAUUUUUUUUCCACCAAAUGAAAGCAAUCAAGUGGUUAAUCCUUUCAAGUGCAAUUAGCAGCACUGACCUCCCUGUUCUUUAAAAUGAAGGUCACUGGGAGGUAAAGGCCAGUUCUGGGCCUUUCCUUUCAUAUCAGAAUACCCCUUCACUAACUAUCUCUUCUCUUUCCAAAAACAUCAGAGAGCAAGGGGGAAAAACAGGCUUCUUCUUCCAUUAGCAGUAACUUAAACAGCCAUAAGUUAAAGGGGGAGGAAAAGGAAGAGCAUCUCUAUCUAUCUCCUUUCACAACAGAAGACAUCUGGCCUCCAGUGGGGAGGCCCCAGAUAACAAAGAACCUGUCAUUACAAACCUCUGAGAUGUGUUCAGAAAGCCAUUUUACCUGCAGUCUGGCUCAUUCAUUUCCUGCCACUGAAGCCAUCUGCUUUUGCUUAUUGUGGGUAUUAUUGUUCUUUGUUUGGCCAGGAGCGUGAAGUGGCUUCACUUUAGCAUGCCUGUAUGCUUGGUCAGAGGAAAGAUUUAAUCCUUUUCUCAAAACGAGUAAGAAGGAGCUGCAAAAAAACAGUUCCUUUCCUGGAAGGUAGCACGAAGUCAUCCAAGCCUAGGUUGAAUAAAAGGUCAUGUCAGUGCAUGGGGUAAAGAUAUAUUGAGAUUGAAAAGAGAUGACAACUUUGAGUCUACAGCAGAAAUGUUCCAAAGUACUUGUAAUCCUACCUGAUUUAAGCUCUUUGCCACUGCUUCUGGCAAUUUUUUUUCACCUCAAGUCUCUCUGCUUUUAAGUUUCACUUAGGCGCCUGCAGAUGCAUCAUAAUCCAUUUGUACUUUCCUUUUACACUGAGUUUCAGUAUUUACACUCUGGUUUUUAUCUCAAUGGUUUACUUUAAAAAUCACGUCUCUUAGCAAAUGAAGAUCCUAGCAUUUUAUAUAUGAAAAUCCAGUCCACCUAUCUCUAUGGUAAGUUUUCCAUCACUCUCAGGUACCACUGACUUCUGUGUCUGAAAGGGCUGUGCGCCAGCAGAGGUUGUCCAGAUUGUUUUGCAGUAAAAAGGUGAAUGGGGCAAUGUAAAAAUAGGAAAGCUUACCUGCUAGAAUGAAAAGACUACAUGCCAUUAAGAUGCUAAUCUAUUGAUACUAAAAUAGAAGGUUGCCAUUAAGGUACUGAAUGACUGUCAACAUAACCUCUACAUGGCUAUCCCCUGUUUUAAAAGGCAGUAUUUCAGUUUGAUCCCAGUAGUUAAAAAUGAACACGGAUUUUGGUUCAUGACACUUUGCAAUACCCACAUUCAAAGUGUUUAUUGUGAAGAAAAUACGGCCUUCUUCCUGCUCCCUUGUUGUGAAGGCUCACACAUUACUGCCAUGGUUAAUGGCUUCUGAAGGCGAGUCAGAUGCAGUAGAAUUUUCAAAAUUAUGUAACACAAACUUUAAAAACACCCAUUACAGUGUGGUGUCUUCACCACUACCUGCCAGAGGAAAAAAUGAAAUAUUCCUUAAGCCUCACAGCAAGAGGUAGAAACCUGGUUCUCCAGUGCAAAGCAACUUUGUAUUUUCACCUCACUGAAAAUGGACAUUUGUCUAACUGUGCAGCGUCUUUUCCGCAGAAGAAUACUACUCUGAGUUGCAGCAAAAAUUUGAUCAAGCUAAAACUACAGACUUCAUAUCAAAUGUU